AUGGGUUUGGCCAACGAGCAAGUCCAAGCUUUGUCAGAAAUACAAUUGCUUGUUGAAGUCGAACAGUCUUUAAAACUUUCAAAUGACUAUGCUAUUGGUUUAGCUCGCCCAGAUGGACACUGGUGUGGAGAACUGAGAUCAAACGUUACAAUCACGUCCGAGUAUAUCUUCCUUCGACAAGCAUUAGGUCUCGACCUGGAAGCGGACAGCAACGCUUACCGUCGCCAUAUUCUUUCUCAACAAAACGAUGACGGUUCCUGGAGUCUGGCCCCCGAGUAUCCAGGAGAUGUAUCGACCACAACAGAAGCCUAUCUAGCGCUGAAAAUACUUGGGGUCAGUCCCAAUGUGCCACUCAUGCAACAAGCUAAAGACUUUGUCCUCAGAGCUGGUGGUGUUGCAAAAGUUCGCGUUUUCACACGUAUCUUUCUCGCAACAUUUGGCUUGUUUCCCUGGGAUUCGAUUCCUCAAUUACCAGUUGAGCUCAUGCUUCUCCCUUCAAUCUCCUUGAUCAACAUCUACAAGUUUGCAUCCUGGGCGCGAGGUACUAUCGCCCCCCUUCUGAUUAUCUGCCACCACCAACCCGUCUACGCGCUUCCAAAUGGGCUCUACGCCGAGAAUGACUACCUGGACGAGCUGUGGCAGGACCCCAUGAUGAAGAAUGUCCGCUGUGGCCCCACUCUUCUUGAACUGGCCUCUCAGGGAGACGUCACGGGCCUUGCAUUCGGCAUACUCGAUAAACUACUCUACCAACUGAAUGGGCUUCGCUCCGUUCCACUUCUUCGUACAUACGCCCGGAAGGAGUGUAUGAAGUGGAUCCUGGAGCGCCAAGAGCCAACCGGCGAUUGGGCCGGUAUUUUUCCACCCAUGCACGCCAGUGUGUUUGCUUUCGUGUUGGAGGGUUAUAGUCUCGAUGAUGCUCCUGUCCGUCUAGGAAUUCAAGCCCUCGAAAAUUUUGCCUGGGAAGACGAGAAUGGCAAACGAGUUCAGCCAUGUGUCUCGCCCGUUUGGGAUACAGCCUUGAUGUCCAUCGGACUCCGCGAUGCGAAAUCACCCGAUCACAAGACCCUCGAGAAGGCCAUCAAUUGGAUUCGGAACCGCCAACUUCUGGAACCCCGUGGUGAUUGGCGGGUAUACCGCCCGCAUCUCAUCCCAGGAGGAUUCAGCUUUGAGUACGAAAACAGUUGGUAUCCUGAUGUGGAUGACACGGCUGCUAUCAUUCUGGCCCAGCUAAAGCAGAAUCCGAAAUCAGUCACCUCGUAUUCUGUCGUGGCGGCAGCCACAUGGAUAAUCGGCAUGCAGAAUCCAGACGGUGGAUGGGCUGCUUUUGAUGUGGAGAACGAUAAGCUGUUCCUCAACAAGAUACCUUUCAGCGACAUGGAUAGCCUGUGUGACACAUCAUGUCCCGAUAUUACUGGUCGCAUUCUGGAAGCCUUUGGUCUGAUGAUGAAAGUUGCUCCUGAAAAGGCGCCAGCCGGUUUUCCAGCGUUGCGUGCAGCUUGCAUGCGUGGGAUUUCAUACCUUACUUCUACGCAGGAGCCUAAUGGAUCAUGGUUCGGGAGAUGGGGAUGCAACUAUCUGUACGGCACGAGUCAUGCACUAUGUGGUCUCUCCUAUCACCGUAAUGAUGACAGAAGAGUGGAGGGACUAGUGCAGCCAGCUCUGCGAUGGUUGAAAACGAGGCAAAAUUCCGAUGGUGGCUGGGGCGAGUCCUUGCUAACCUAUCGCACUCCUUCCACUCUCCCGACAGCAUCAACUCCGUCCCAGACUGCAUGGGCACUAAUGGGAUUACUGGCUCAUCUCCCAUAUACUGACCCGACCAUUACCCGUGGAAUCCGCUACUUGGUAUCCUCGCAGCAGCCGGAGAAAGGGAUUGGAUCUUCCUGGCCCGAAUCUGUAUACACCGGAACUGGAUUCCCAAAUCAUUUCUAUUUGGGCUAUGAUUACUACCGUCAUUACUUCCCCAUGAUGGCCCUCGGCCGAUUUUUGCAGGAGGCUAGGGGUGGGGACUAA